AUGGCGAGUUGCUCCUUCACUCGCGACCAAGCGACAAGAAGACUAAGAGGUGCAGCAGCGGCAGCAGCGGCAGCUCUAGCAGCAGUGGUGACCACCCCGCUUCUUUCCUCGGGAACCCCGACCGCACUCAUUGGGACCGGGUCGUCUUGUCCGGGAGCCAUGUGGCUCUCCACGGCCACUGGCUCCCGGUCAGACUCCGAGUCCGAGGAGGAGGACCUCCCCGUCGGGGAGGAAGUCUGCAAACGCGGCUACCUGCGGAAACAGAAGCAUGGGCACAGGCGCUACUUCGUGCUCAAACUCGAGACUGCUGACGCCCCAGCUCGCCUGGAAUACUACGAAAAUGCCAGGAAGUUCCGGCACAGUGUCCGCGCCGCGGCGGCUGCAGCAGCGGCGGCCGCCUCUGGCGCCGCGAUCCCCCGGCUCAUUCCACCGCGACGCGUGAUCAUCCUAUACCAGUGCUUUUCCGUGAGCCAGAGAGCAGAUGCAAGGUACCGACACCUCAUUGCCCUUUUCACCCAGGACGAGUACUUCGCGAUGGUGGCCGAGAACGAGUCGGAGCAGGAAAGCUGGUACUUGCUGCUCAGCCGCCUCAUCCUCGAGAGCAAGCGCCGCCGCUGCGGCACGCUCCGCGCGCAGCCGGACGGAGAGCCGGCCGCGCUGGCGGCGGCAGCGGCGGCGGAGCCACCCUUCUAUAAAGAUGUGUGGCAGGUAAUAGUCAAACCCAGGGGGCUGGGGCACAGAAAAGAGCUGAGCGGCGUGUUCCGGCUGUGUCUAACCGACGAGGAGGUUGUGUUUGUGAGACUGAACACCGAAGUGGCCAGCGUGGUCGUCCAGCUCCUGAGCAUCCGUCGCUGUGGACACUCGGAGCAGUAUUUCUUCUUGGAAGUAGGCAGGUCCACCGUCAUCGGUCCGGGAGAGCUCUGGAUGCAGGUCGAUGACUGUGUGGUUGCCCAAAACAUGCAUGAGCUGUUUUUGGAGAAGAUGAGAGCCUUAUGUGCAGACGAAUACAGAGCCCGCUGCCGCAGCUACAGCAUCAGCAUCGGCGCCCACCUGUUAACCCUGCUGUCCGCUAGGAGGCACCUGGGCUUGCUGCCGCUGGAGCCGGGAGGCUGGCUCAGAAGGUCCCGCUUUGAGCAGUGUUGCCACCUCAGGGCCAUCGGCGACGGGGAAGACGAGAUGCUUUUCACCAGGCGUUUCAUAACACCCAGCGAGCCUGUGCCCCACUCCAGGCGAGGAAGACUGCACCUGCCCAGAGGGCACAGGUCAAGGAGAGCGAGUUCAGUGCCGGCCAGCUUUUUUCACCGCUUAGCACCCAGCCCAGCACGUCCCCCGCACCCUGCAGAAGCCCCGAACGAUGGAGCUUGCCUGUCUUCUGAAGUGUCUGGCUCUGGCUCUGGCAACUCUGGGGAGGAAGGCAAUCCCCAGGGCAAAGAAGAUCAGGAAGGAAGCGGAGGCGACUACAUGCCCAUGAACAAUUGGGGCUCAGGAAAUGGCCGGGGCUCAGGAGGUGGUCAGGGCUCAAGUGGCCAAGGCUCCAGUAGCCAUAGCUCGGGAGGAAACCAGUGCUCAGGCGAGGGACAGGGAUCCCGAAGUGGUCAGGGCUCAAGUGGUGGCCAGGGCUCAAAUGGCCAGGGCUCAGGAGGAAACCAGUGCUCUGGAGAUGGCCACGGCACCGCAGGUGGGCAAGGUUCAGGUGGUGGCCAGAGACCUGGAGGUGGGCAUGGCUCAGGUGGUGGCAAGAACUCUGGAGGGGGCAAAGGCUCAGGAAGUGGGAAAGGAUCCGAUGCUGAUGGUGAACGUGGAAAAUCUCUGAAGAAAAGAUCCUAUUUUGACAAAUUAACUCAAAGCAAGCAACAGCAAAUGCCACCACCUCCACCACCUCCUCCUCCGCCCCCACCAGCUGGAGCAACUGGUGGAAAAGGGAAGUCUGGGGGAAGAUUCCGACUUUAUUUUUGUGCUGACAGAGGAGCCACAAAAGAGCGCAAAGAAGCCAAAGAAGUGAAAGAUGCAGAGAUCCCAGAAGGUGCAGCUCGAGGUCCCCACAGAGCCAGAGCUUUUGAUGAAGAUGAGGAUGACCCAUACGUGCCAAUGAGGCCAGGGGUGGCUGCCCCUCUUGUAAGCUCCAGUGAUUAUAUGCCAAUGGCUCCUCAAAAUGUCUCUGCUUCAAAAAAGCGCCACUCUCGAUCCCCUUUUGAAGAUUCAAGAGGGUACAUGAUGAUGUUUCCCAGAGUGAGCCCACCACCUGCUCCCAGUCCUCCAAAAGCACCUGAUACUAAUAAAGAGGAUGACUCAAAGGACAAUGACAGUGAGAGUGACUACAUGUUUAUGGCUCCUGGAGCCGGUGCAAUUCCAAAAAACCCCAGAAAUCCUCAGGGUGGCUCUUCCUCCAAAAGUUGGAGCUCCUACUUCUCUCUACCAAACCCUUUUCAGAGCUCACCUUUGGGACAGAGUGACAACAGUGAGUAUGUGCCAAUGUUACCUGGAAAGUUCCUGGGGAGGGGCCUAGACAAAGAAGUCUCCUAUAACUGGGGCCCCAAAGAUGCAGCUUCAAAGCCUUCAGGUGAGGGAUCAUUCUCAAAGCCUGGAGAUGGGGGAUCACCUUCAAAGCCUUGGGAUGAUGGGUCCCUAAUGAAUAAGGCUAAGAGACCUAACCGACUUUCUUUUAUUACAAAAGGAUAUAAAAUCAAGCCAAAACCACAAAAGCCCACACGUGAACAGAGAGAAGCUGACAGCUCUCCUGACUACGUCAACAUCGACUUCGCUAAAAGAGAGAGCAAUACACCAGCUCCCUCUACUCAAGGACUACCAUGUUCGUGGGGCAUAAUUGCUGACCCCAGACAGUCAGCCUUUUCUAAUUAUGUGAACGUUGAGUUUGGAGUACUAUUUCCAAAUCCAGCAAACGACUUCUCCGAUCUUUUCAGAGCUAUACCACGUGCCAACCCCUUAUCUCUGGACAGUGCUAGGUGGCCACUUCCUCCCCUUCCUCUGAGUGCUACAGGUAGCAAUGCUAAUGAGGAAGAGGGUGACUACAUUGAAGUAAUUUUCAACUCAGCAAUGACACCAGUCAUGCCUCUUGCUGACAGUGCCAUUCGCUACGAUGCUGAAACAGGUCGAAUCUAUGUGGUCGACCCAUUUUCUGAGUGCUAUAUGGAUAUUUCUCUCUCCCCCAGCCGAUGUUCUGAACCACCACCUGUAGCUAGGCUGCUGCAGGAGGAAGAGCAGGAGAGAAGACGCCCACAAAGUCGUUCUCAAAGUUUCUUUGCAGCAGCCAGAGCCGCUGUCUCUGCUUUUCCAACAGACAGUCUCGAGAGAGACCUUUCCCCAUCCUCAGUCCCGGCGGUUACUUCGGCUGCAGAGCCGACUUUAGCGGUCAGCCAAGUUGUAGCUGGGGCCUCGGCUCUCGCCGUAGCCCCGGGCAUCGGCGCAGCAGCCGCCGCUGCUGGAUUUGACUCCGCCUCUGCCCGCUGGUUUCAACCUGUUGCUAAUGCUGCUGAUACCGAAGCAGUAAGGGGAGCCCAAGACGUUGCCGGUGGCUCGAACCCCGGAGCCCACAACCCAUCUGCAAACCUUGCCAGAGGUGAGAACCAGGCUGGCGGGGCUGCCGCUGCAGCUGCCGCUCCCGAACCACCACCUCGCAGUCGCCGGGUGCCAAGACCCCCGGAGAGAGAAGAUUCUGACGACGACGACGACACUUACGUGAGAAUGGAUUUUACCAGACCUGAUAACCAGUUCGACUCUCCCAAAAGAGGUCGGUAA